UGAAGCAAUUCAAAAUCACUAAAUAAGUAUAACAAAGUAACAGAAGAUAUCAUUAGAAAGUUCACCAAGAUGGCUAGAGGAAAGUGGAGCAUCUUGGUGGCCUUUUUUAUCUUACUUAUCUCCAUGGAAGCUUUCAUUGCUCGAGGUCAAGUAAAUGGCAACGGUAACGGAAAUGGUAAUGGUAAUGGUAAUGGUACCGGUAACAAUGGGAACAAUAAUGGUAAUGGUAACAAUGGUAAUGGCAGUGGUAAUAGCAACGGUAAUGGGAACAAUGGGAACAACAAUGGUAACGGUAAUGGUAACAGUAACAAUGGGAAUGGUAAUGGUAAUGACAAUGGUAAUGGUAACAAUGGCAAUGAUAAUGGUAAUGGUAAUGGUAACGGGAACAAUGGGAGCGGUAAUGGUAAUGGUAAUGGUAACGGUAACGGUAAUGGUAACAAUGGAAACGGUAAUGGUAAUGGAAAUGGAAAUGGUAAUGGUAAUGGUAACGGGAACAAUGGGAGCAGUAAUGGUAAUGGUAACGGUAACGGUAACGACAAUGGUAACAAUGGAAACGGUAACGGUAACGGUAACAGUAAUGGAAAUGGAAAUGGGAAUGGUAAUGGUAACGGGAACAAUGGGAGCGGUAAUGGUAAUGGUAACGGUAACGAUAACGGUAACAGUAACAAUGGAAACGAUAAUGGUAAUGGUAAUGGUAUCGGUAACAACGGAAAUGGAAAGGAGAAGGUUCCAAAAAGGAAGACACCGAAAGAUGAUGAAUCCGCAAAGUCUGAAAAGUUGCCAGCUCUGCAAUCGGGACAGGAGAGAGCAUUUUGCAAAGCAAAAAAUACUUGUCAAUUCAAGACCCUUGUAUGUCCAGAAGAGUGCAAAGUGAGGAAGCCAAAGAAGAACAAGAAGGAUAAAGGUUGUUUCCUUGACUGCAGCAACAAAUGUGAAGCCACUUGCAAAGUUAGAAGAGCAAACUGUGAUGGCUAUGGUUCAUUGUGCUAUGAUCCUCGCUUUGUUGGUGGCGACGGUGUGAUGUUCUACUUCCACGGAGCCACUGGAGGAAACUUUGCCAUUGUUUCAGACAACGAAUUCCAAAUAAACGCUCACUUCAUCGGUACUCGGCCUCAAGGAAGGACACGCGACUACACAUGGGUGCAAGCACUUUCUGUCAUGUUCGACACUCACACUCUUGUUAUUACAGCUAAUAGAGUAGCUCAAUGGAAUGACAAUGUUGACUCUCUUACAGUUAAAUGGGACGGAAAAUUAAUAACCAUUCCUACUGAUGACGAUGCAGAAUGGAAGACUAAUGAAGAUGAAAGGGAACUGGUUGUGGAGAGAACAGAUGAUAAAAACAGUGUUAGAGUCACAAUUUCUGGUUUGCUUGAAAUGGACAUAAGGGUACGGCCUAUUGGAGAAAAAGAAAACAAAGCUCAUAAUUAUCAGUUGCCAUCAAAUGAUGCUUUUGCUCAUUUGGAGACACAGUUCAAGUUUAAGAAUCCUACUGAUUUUAUGGAAGGAGUUCUAGGUCAAACUUAUAGGCCAAGUUAUGUUAGUCCUGUUAAGAGAGGUGUUGCUAUGCCAAUGAUGGGAGGAGAAGACAAGUACCAAACUCCAUCUCUCUUUUCAACAUCCUGCAAACUUUGUAGGUUCCAAAGGCCUUCUACUAGCCAAGAACUGAUUGCUCAAUAUUGAUAAUAUCACAGAUCAUAAAAAAUAAAAGUAAUGCUAUAUAAUUGAACUGAUGAUAUUUUUUAUUUUGGUUUUGUUGUGUUGUAAUGUUUCUAGAUAAAUAAGGGCUUAAAAUGUGGCCCAUUAUUGGAAUUUCCAUCCCAAAUUAGU